AUGCUUCUACCAUCUUCUGUUGCCAGACAGUUCAUUGUCAGGUCGUUUCAGUUACUACCUAGGUCGUACUUCCACUGUGGGCCCAUCGCACAAUGGCAAGCGUCCUUCACUUUGUUGAAGUCCGUGAAGAAGCAGGCUAAACCGCUUACACCCAACCAAAGCAGACUAAAUGCGAGGAAGGAUGUUCUUAAGCAAGCUCCCAAGAGACCAAUGACUGCGUAUCUGCUAUACUGUAAAGAGAUCAGGCCUGGGAUGAAGAAGGAGAACCCUGAUUUGAAGACAACAGAGCUAACAAAGUUGUUUGGGGAGAAAUGGUCCGAGUUGUCAGAACAGGCUAGGAAACCAUUUGUGGAGCAAUACGAGAAAGAUUUUGCGGAGUACCAGAAGGAGAAGGCUGCCUUCGAGAAGACCUUGCCACCAAAGAAACCUGCUGCACCAUUCUUCCUCUUCACAAAGGAUGUUAGAAGCUCUGUGGUAGAUGCUCAUCCAGAUGCUACUUUUGGAGAGAUUUCCACAUUGGUUAGUCAGAAAUGGAAUUCCAUGGAGGAAUCAAAGAAGGAGGAAUACCAUGAUCUUUACAAGAAACAACUGAAAGAAUGGGAGGAUGCUUUCCCUGAAUUUUCCAAAAACUGA